AUGACAACAUCGUUAGAGAAUUCGGAUUGGAUGGAAAAGAAAAUAAAUGAUGGAGACAUCAAUUAUUUCAAAUAUGAUGAAUUCACAAAUGUGGAAAAGGUUGGCAAUGGAGCGUUUGGCGUUGUAGAAAAAGCUGACUGGAUAAAUGGUGGAAGUACUCAAGUGGCAUUAAAGUCUCUUAUGUUUAUCCAAGAUAAUAAAGAAUUGCUUGAAGAGGUAAAUAAAUGCAAGCGAAAGUCAAUUAGUAAUGGAGAAAGGGAACAACCAAUAGGUGGUACACCUCAGGCUUAUAUUGAUCUUUAUCAGAGAUGUUGGCAAGAAGAUCCAAGUGAAAGACCAAAUAUCGAAGAAGUUUGCAAUAUAUUGACAUUUUUACCAUCUCACAUUAAUGAGUUCAAAUAUGAAAUUACUAAAGAUAUGGAUGAUGAAAAGAACUCUGAUGAAUUUAACACACCUGCAAUUGAAUAUGAUAAUGAAAUCAGUGCGACACUGUCAUUAGUGGUACCAGAUGAUAUACAAGAGGAAUGCGACAAUUCGUCAUCGGUUGUCAUACAUAGUACCGACGAGCACGAAGAGGAAUUAAGCGAUACCGUAUUACAAAGUAUCACUGCGCAUAAAGAGGAAUCAUCAGUUGUUUCACAAAGUGUGGAUGAGAAGUCAUCAGCCACUUUACAAAAUAUUAAUGAAACAAGUGACGCAUUCUAUGAGAUCGUUCAAAAUUAUGUAAUAUAUAAUCAUGUCGGGGAUUCAAAAAAUUUUAAUUUUACAAAAUUUUUAAAAACAUACAUUUCAAAAUCACGAGAAAUUUUUGGAUUUCUUGUUGAAAAUCCAAGCAUACAACAUUAUGAAUUAAUGAUUGGAAUAUUUUAUGAGAUGGGAUUCGGAAUUGAAAAAAAUAAAGCGAAAGCUUUUGAUUGGUUUAAAAAAGCAGGUGAUAAAGGGGAUAUUUACGGACUUUAUAAAGUUGGAUAUUAUUAUUUUGAUGGAUGGGGUGAAGCAGGAAGUGAUGAAGAACAUUAUAAGUUGGCAUUUGAAUUUUACGAGACUGCAGCUGGUGGCGAAUUAAAUAUAGCCAUACAUAGGCUCGCAUUUUUUUAUGAAUAUGGUUUUCAUGUACAGAAAGAUUAUGAUGAAGCGUUCAAAUUAUAUAAAAAAGCUGCCGAAAAUGGAUUCAUCCCAUCUCAGGUAGAUUUAUCAAGGUUUUAUUAUUCCGGUAGAGGCACUCAAAGAGAUAAAGUUGAAGCUUUAAAAUGGUAUCAAUUGUAUCAAAAAAACGGUGGAUUAAUUAAUGAGAAACAAGAUGAUGGAUCUUAUAUCUAUAAAAGUUCUAGCUAUUUUAAUCUAUCUUGGUAUAAAGAUUGGUACCCGUAA